AUGGCCCCGAAAGACCCACCUCAGCCUCAGUCCUCGAUAAGCCGGACCUAUCUUCUGUUGUACAAUGCGACCUGUGCCGCUCUAUGGCUGUCCAUCUUGAUCAAAACGGUGACUACCUGGAUCCAGUCACCCGACAUCACAGCAGUAUACAGAUCUGCCGAGCCUUUGACGAGAUAUACUCAGACCAUCGCUGUGGUUGAGAUCCUCCACGCCGCACUCAAAAUUACUCGCUCGCCUGUCUUUACCACCUUCACUCAGAUUUUCGCUCGUUCCGUGCAGGUGUGGGCUAUCAAUUAUGCGUUCCCCGAUGUGACAGCUCCCUCGGUGGCGUACACAGCCAUGCUCUUGGCUUGGUCCUCAGCAGAUACUAUUCGCUAUUUGUAUUUUGCAAUUAUGCAAGCUGGCUAUCCAGUUCCUGGGCUUCUCAAAUGGUCUAGAUAUUCGCUAUUCUUGAUUCUGUAUCCGAUCGGAAUUAGUAGCGAAUGGUGGUUGAUGUACAAAGCGACUACAGUUGCGACUAAUUGGGCUGUGUUGGGAAUUUUCUAUUUCUUCUUGGGGCUUUACGUACCUGGGUCGGUGAUGAUGUACUCCUACAUGCUAAAGCAGAGACGCAAGGUUCUGGCAAAGCAGUAA